AAUGCCACCGAUUCGCCUCCAUAAAAACCCCAAGAAACCGACCGUCACCGGAAUCCACUUGUAAUUUCCCCAAGAAUCUGCAAUGGCUUCCGCCGUGACCAAGGAGGAGUUCAAUGCGUUCCACAACAUCGACCGCACCACGUUCAACAGACUCGUAUUCAAUCUGCGCCGCGAACCGUUCGAGUCAAUGCAGGUCAUGGCACUCCUCCUCUGCCUAGAACAGACAGGGCUGGCUCACAACUUGGUGUACCAAACUCUGCAAUGGUCUGACACCUUUCUGAACUCUUUAGCCAAUGAGGCAGUCCUGUGCUUGCAGUGCGGGGAAAGCGAAGAAUUCCCUUUGGCUUUAGAAGGCGUUGAAGUUCCCCUGAUUCAGACCAUGACAAAAGGCAAGGUUUCUCUCCGGUAUUUCUACGAUCAUCGUCUCCUCAUUAUUCCUGGGAUCGAAAAAAAUGUUAACGAAGUUUGUCUGAGAGCAUUUGAGGAUAUAAUGGAGCAACUGAAACAGAGAAAGAUAGAGGAGACAGGUGUUGAAGACAGGGGAGAACAGGUUCAGGGACGGGUUUUGGAAGGCGAAGUGGGGGACGAUUUGAGCCCCCUACAGAUCAGUAGUACGCCCGGCCAUGAGGAGAAGGAGAAAGCAGAAAUUCCGGCAGAUGAUAGGACGAUUUUCUUGACAUUUUCUAAAGGGUAUCCCAUUUCAGAGACUGAAGUCAAGGACUUCUUCACCAGGAAGUUUGGAGAUUGCAUUGAUGAAAUUCACAUGCAAGAAGUCCCGGAGGAGGAGCAGCCGCUGUAUGCAAGACUGGUGGUGCAGCCUUCUUCCUCCCUUGAGAAGAUACUAGGCGGUAGAAGCAAAGCCAAAUUCUCCAUUAAUGGGAAGCAUGUUUGGGGCCGAAAGUACGUGCCUAAAACCCAAAAGUCGCCGUCAAAAUCGCCGCCAUCAUCCUCGUCGCAACCCGCUCCCCCCACCGCAUCUUAGAACCACCUACCAGCUAGGAACUUGUUAGAAGUGUUUGUGGUUUUUGUUCAUUUUCAUAGGUAAUAACUUAGCAUUGAAGGCUAAGAAGAAUGGUUUAAUUAAUUAUACUUGCAACAUAACAAUAUUACAAUUGUUAUGGAUCUCAGCCAUAUAAAGUCAGUAAUUUUAG